CGUGGCGGCGGCGGCGGCGGCGGCGGCAUCGAUGCCAAGCGGCCAGGUCGGCGGCCGGGGCUCCGGGCCGCGCGAGGCUACGGCCACGCCGCGCCGCUGCGCACAGCCGACGAGGCAGAACGCCGUCCGGCGCGGGACUGCGGCCGGAGCCUGGGGCGCGCGGGCGGAGGACCAGGCGCGGCGCGGCUGCGGCUGAGAGUGGAGUCUUUCAAGCUAUCAUGGAGAGCUUAAGGGGCGACUGAAGGAUAUUGAUGCUGGCCAACUGCAGAGUUCUAGUUACUUCAGUCCUGCUGAGAUAUCCUCUCAGUCCACUCGCACUGAAGGAAGCUGCCUUGGGAUCAGAGCAGACAUAAAGCUAGACAGAUUUCAAGACCAGGCCUCCUGGGGGCACAGGAACAACACAGCUGCAGUGAAGGAGGGACCCCUGCAGCUGGACUGGCCCUAGAGCUGUGAGUCGUACCCUGCAUGUUGCUCAGCGCGUUCUGCAGUUGACCUUGCCUUGGUCCCCCAUCUCACUGUGAUAGCCAUGCAGGUCAGCGACCGUGAACCUUCCUGGCUCCCAUACUGCCCCUGGCACCUGUCUCUGUUUCUGCUCCCAGCAUCCUCUCAGCUUCUCUUCUGAGCCCCAUGCAGCGGUUCCUGCUCUACCACCACCACUUCUCCUCUGUCACCGAGAGAGGGCAAGAGUCUGUAGAGCCUGUGCCAACUGUCUGGUGAGGCUUCGUCGAGUGAUGGGCAGGGCAUUGCGGUACAGCCCUCCUGAACUCACCACACCAGAGGCCUGUCGGCAUCACUGUCAGAAAUAGACGACCUCCCCUCCCAGCACCUGUCACAAGCUAAGCGUCUGUGAGAACGGAGGCUCUGCUUCCCGGAAGAGCCUGCCCCAGACGUGGGGGCAGCCUUUGCAGACAGCUUCUGUCCCACCCACCUCCUCCUUGGUUUUCACUCCUUUAUGCCCUGAGGGGCCUGCCCAUCCAUUCCCAAGCCCUCAGGACCGUGGCAGCCUCUGUGAGGGUAUGAGCUGGGUAAAAGGAAUUAAGGUGGAGUCACAGCUACCAGUGGCUGAUUGCCUGUGGGUGUCAGGCCGACCCUAAGUGACCCACUGCUAGUUCACUGUCCCAUGACAGCCCCAGUAUUGUGAGCAUUGAAGGAAAGAAUCCGGACAGGCGGCGGAGGCUCCCACCUGAUGACACCAAGGCUCCUGCCUUAGCACCAGAGCCUGGACUCCCCUUUGCUGUAAUGCCAUAAAGUACGUCAGGAAGGUUUGCCCAUGACCUGGUGGAGAGAGGAGAGAUGUGACAAAGUGACUCUGGCCUGUGUGAACUGCCCACAGGGGAAGGUUGGAGGAGUCGGUUUGUGAAAAAAAAUCAGGGCUCUGAGAGCACUGGAGCUGGUGCUGAGUUCUGCGGCAGUCGAGAAGUAGAGCAGAUCUGAGCUCCCGGCUCCUCACGGGCAUCACAGAUGCAUUCGCCAGCAGCUGGGCUCGGCUUUCUCUAACAUCCGUCCGUCCUCUGGGAGCGUUGUUUCUCUCUCCCUGGCUGCCCAGCCCAGCUCCCUGGCCUUGUGAGAUCUCUGCAUCGUUUCUCCUCCCCAGCUUCUCUCUCCACCCAUGCCACCAUGGGAGAGUUUAGGCCGUCUCAUCCCUGACUGGCCUGAGGUAGGGCUGUGACUGUCCCCUGUUCCCUCUCUCCUGUCUUCCUCACCUGUCCCCACAUAAUCAGUCCACCUUCCUUACCGCUGGAUGCAAACCUGCAGACUCUCCAUGGCUUUCUGGAUGGAGUUCAAAGACAUCACCUCAGCGUGAAAGGCCCUUUCAGGUCUGGCCCUGCACAACCCAGACACCCGCAUGUUCCUGGGUGCAACAACAUGGGCCCCCGGGCAGCUUGCCAUGAUGCGUCAGCCUCUGCUGGCUCCUGAUGUGGCCUCUGUUCCUGUCUUAGGCCCCUGUUCCUCUCGGCAGGCUCCCCACUUGCCUUACUCUAUCUCAGAAGCUCAUCCUGACACCAGCUCUGUCCUUUGGAGCAGAAAUCCAUCGCAACUGCACCAUGCAUGCUGAUGAGUUGCUGGCCGUCUCCUUGUACACAGCAUCUGAGGGCACUCAGGUGGCCCUGCUGUCCCUGGGCCUGUCCCCGACACUGGCAGUGGUUAGGGCACCAGAGUUCAAAUGGAGGCCACAUGUCAUGUCUAAAUCUUUCAGAGUUUUAGGUCAAGCCAGCGCACUAUUGAUACAAUACAUUGUGUCAUCUUCGGCAAAUACAUCUUCAAGAUGGAAAAAAUAUGUGGAGAGUUAUGGUUUUUAUAUGAGUUAAUGUUGGCAAAAUAUCAAAGACCACUGAAUUUAACUGCUACUGUGCAUAUCUGGGUGUUCUGUUCAGAUGCCACUCAUGUUUGAAUGAGUAACAGAUCAAGACAUGAUUGAUGAAUAGACAGAAACAGUCUCCGCCAGUCAAGAAACCCUCAAAAGUAUUUUGCCAUGGAUAUAGAAGAUGAAGAAAACAUGAGUUCCAGCAGCACUGAUGUGAAGGAAAACCGCAAUCUGGACAACGUGUCCCCCAAAGAUGGCAGCACCCCUGGGCCUGGCGAGGGCUCUCAGCUCUCCAAUGGGGGUGGUGGUGGCCCCGGCAGAAAGCGGUCCCUGGAGGAGGGCAGCAAUGGCCACUCCAAGUACCGCCUGAAGAAAAGGAGGAGAACACCAGGGCCCGUCCUUCCCAAGAACGCCCUGAUGCAGCUGAAUGAGAUCAAGCCUGGUUUGCAGUACACGCUCCUGUCCCAGACUGGGCCCGUGCACGCGCCUUUGUUUGUCAUGUCUGUGGAGGUGAAUGGCCAGGUUUUUGAGGGCUCUGGUCCCACAAAGAAAAAGGCCAAACUCCAUGCUGCUGAGAAGGCCUUGAGAUCUUUCGUUCAGUUUCCUAAUGCCUCUGAGGCCCACCUGGCCAUGGGGAGGACCCUGUCUGUCAACACGGACUUCACAUCUGACCAGGCCGACUUCCCUGACACGCUCUUCAAUGGUUUUGAAACUCCUGACAAGGCGGAGCCUCCCUUUUACGUGGGCUCCAACGGGGAUGACUCCUUCAGUUCCAGCGGGGACCUCAGCUUGUCGGCCUCCCCGGUGCCUGCCAGCCUAGCCCAGCCUCCUCUCCCUGUCUUACCACCAUUCCCACCCCCGAGUGGGAAGAAUCCCGUGAUGAUCUUGAACGAACUGCGCCCAGGACUCAAGUAUGACUUCCUCUCCGAGAGUGGGGAGAGCCAUGCCAAGAGCUUCGUCAUGUCUGUGGUCGUGGAUGGUCAGUUCUUUGAAGGCUCGGGGAGAAACAAGAAGCUUGCCAAGGCCCGGGCUGCACAGUCUGCCCUGGCCACCAUUUUUAACUUGCACUUGGAUCAGACGCCAUCUCGCCAGCCUAUUCCCAGUGAGGGUCUUCAGCUGCAUUUACCGCAGGUUUUAGCUGACGCUGUCUCACGCCUGGUCCUGGGUAAGUUUGGUGACCUGACCGACAACUUCUCCUCCCCUCACGCUCGCAGAAAAGUGCUGGCUGGAGUCGUCAUGACAACAGGCACAGAUGUUAAAGAUGCCAAGGUGAUAAGUGUUUCUACAGGAACAAAAUGUAUUAAUGGUGAAUACAUGAGUGAUCGUGGCCUUGCAUUAAAUGACUGCCAUGCAGAAAUAAUCUCUCGGAGAUCCUUGCUCAGAUUCCUUUAUACACAACUUGAGCUUUACUUAAAUAACAAAGAUGAUCAAAAAAGAUCCAUCUUUCAGAAAUCAGAGCGAGGAGGGUUUAGGCUGAAGGAGAAUGUCCAGUUUCAUCUGUACAUCAGCACCUCUCCCUGUGGAGAUGCCAGAAUCUUCUCACCACAUGAGCCAAUCCUGGAAGGGUCUCGCUCUGUCACCCAGGCUGGAGUGCAGUGGUGCAAUCAUGGCUCACUGCAGCCUCGACCUCCUGGGCUCUUAAGCGAUCCUUCCACCUCAACCUUCCAAGGAGCUGGGAUCACAGAACCAGCAGAUAGACACCCAAAUCGUAAAGCAAGAGGACAGCUACGGACCAAAAUAGAGUCUGGUGAGGGGACGAUUCCAGUGCGCUCCAAUGCGAGCAUCCAAACGUGGGACGGGGUGCUGCAAGGGGAGCGGCUGCUCACCAUGUCCUGCAGUGACAAGAUUGCACGCUGGAACGUGGUGGGCAUCCAGGGAUCCCUGCUCAGCAUUUUCGUGGAGCCCAUUUACUUCUCGAGCAUCAUCCUGGGAAGCCUCUACCAUGGGGACCACCUUUCCAGGGCCAUGUACCAGCGGAUCUCCAACAUAGAGGACCUGCCACCUCUCUACACCCUCAACAAGCCUUUGCUCAGUGGCAUCAGCAAUGCAGAAGCACGGCAGCCAGGGAAGGCCCCCAACUUCAGCGUCAACUGGACGGUAGGCGACUCUGCUAUUGAGGUCAUCAACGCCACGACGGGGAAGGAUGAGCUGGGCCGCGCGUCCCGCCUGUGUAAGCACGCGUUGUACUGUCGCUGGAUGCGUGUGCACGGCAAGGUUCCCUCCCACUUACUACGCUCCAAGAUUACCAAGCCCAACAUGUACCAUGAGUCCAAGCUGGCGGCAAAGGAGUACCAGGCCGCCAAGGCGCGUCUGUUCACAGCCUUCAUCAAGGCGGGGCUGGGGGCCUGGGUGGAGAAGCCCACUGAGCAGGACCAGUUCUCACUCACGCCCUGACCCGGGCAGACAUGAUGGGGGGUGCAGGGGGCUGUGGGCAUCCAGCGUCGUCCUCCAGAACCUCACAUCUGAACUGGGGGCAGGUGCAUACCUUGGGGAAGGAGUUGGGGGACACAGGGGACCACUAGGUGUCCACGGUUGUCCCCAGCAUCUCACAUCAGAUCUGGGGCAGGUGCGCAGUGUGGGGAGGGGAUGGGGUGUGUCGGGGCCCAGCAUCGCCGCCUGGCAUCUCUCUGCCGCAGCAUUUCCCCUUCUGAACCGUCCAGUGACUGCUUUCAAUCUCGGUUUACGUUUAGAAAUUGAGUUCUACUGAGUAGGGCUUCCUUAAGUUUAGGAAAAUAGAAAUUACUUUGUGUGAAAUUCUUGAAUAAAUAAUUUAUUCAGAGCUAGGAAUGUGGUUUAUAAAAUAAGUAAUUAUGUCAGGUCACUUUUAUGCCACAUUAUUUUAAUUGCAAGAAAAGCAUCUAUAUAUGGAGGAGGGUGGGAAAAUAGAGGUAGGAAGUAGUAGUCUAAAGGAAAUCGCCAUACGUCUGUCUAAACUUAGGUCUCUUUUCUCCAUAGGUACUUCCCUGGGUAGUUUGACACACUAGGUUUUAACAGUCUCCCUGAGGAGCAGACUCCCAGCAUGAGGUAGCGUGGCCUUGUCACGCACACGGGGCCCCGCAGUGGUGACUGUGUGUCCUGCAGAGUCGUGACCCAGGCCCCUGUAGCCCUCAGCCUCCUCUAGAAGCUUCUGUACUCCUUGUAGGAUCAGAUCAUGGAAAACUUUUCUCAGUUUACUUCUAAGUAAUCACAGAUAAAACAUGGCCAGUAACCCCGGGCUGGCCAUUCAUUCAGGUUUUUUAAAGGAUAUUUAACUUUUAUGGACUAGAAGGAAUCAGGAGGGCUACUGCACAAUACAUGGCCUAAGUUCCCUCUGUUCCUUCCUCCGAAUUGAAUGGAUGUGGAUGACUGCCCAAAGGCCUUCACAGAAUGGAAGUAGAAUGAUUUCAGUAGAUAAUCAUUCUUGGAAAAUGCCAUAGCAGGCAUGUUUUUAAAUUAUUGUUUCCAGCUUUAUCAAAGACAUGUUUGAAAAAUAAAAAGCAUCCAAGUGAGAGCUGGUGAGACCACGUGCUGCUGGCAUAGUGUAGACCAGACAUUGACGGUCCUGACAGAGGAGCUCAGGGCCGCCCAGCACCCAGAGUGCACAGGACAGCCCCACGAUAGCAGGGAGCCAGCCCAGGAGGUCAGGAGCGUGGCGGGCGAGGGCCCUGUGUGGACCACCUCCACCGAGCUCAGAGAUUUGCACCCGGUGCCUUGUUGCCUCCGCUCAGGAUGAAAGAGGAGCCAAGAGAAGUGCUCUGCUCGCCAGUGCAGUGCCCAGAUCCAAGGCUCUGGACGGUGCUCAGGUGGGUCUCCUGGGGCCAUGGGCAGAGAUUGGUGCAGACUACCCUACAGCAUACACCUGCCACAGUGAAAUCCAGGGUGUUGGCACCUGUAUGUCUGUGAUGGGCUUAGGAAACUAGAACAGGGGCAGAGGGGCAUCGUGCUCCCACCAGACGCUGGGCGCUCAGACCCAAACCUGAAUCACUGUGGCUUUGGUGGGGGGUGUGCCUCCUGAUGUCGGGAGCCCUAUCCAUGUGUGUCCACACAGAUCUCGUCCCAGCGUGGCAGGAAGAGGUGCUGCUUAGGGCUCAUCGUUGGGGACGUGAGCAGGUUCAGAGGCUAGAACAUCUGCCCCACACCAGCCUUCUCCUCUACCGAAGAGGGUAGUUGUCUCCCUGAAGCAGUCAGAGUGGGCAUCUCAGCCACUCCGUCACCACAGUGGGGUCUUGUUUGGGCAGACGGUGCUGGGGUUCUGCACCUGCAGAAGGAGAGGUGUCUGUUGCCGCUGGCCUUCCCCCAAGUAGGCUCUUGCACACUCUAGAAAAAACACCUUGUAAGUCUGUGCGUUUUUAUUCUUGUCUUGAUAAAUUGUAUUUUUUUCUAAUGGGGAUUGGGAGAUGGACUAAGUUUUUAAAAAUAUGUGGAUUUUGGUUACCAAGUUUAGUAUUAAUAUAUUCCAUAUACAUACAAAACUACCCAGUAUGUCUGGCUUUUCCCUUCUGUCAGGUAAUAGCUAAAGUAAGCAUGAUUGCUCCCUGUACCACGCCAAGUGAGUGAGUGCCUCAGCCUGUGGGCCUGAGCAGCGGCCCUGAGACCGUGUGAGGUGGCUCCUUUCCGGGGUGGACUCGUGCAGCCCUGAGGGCAGGCACAGGGCGUCCCGCCCCAAGCCGUCCAGGCAGGAGGAAGGCAGCCGAGGCAACUCGGUUCGGGGAGCCCUGGGCGGGGCGGCUGUGGGGAGGAACUGGGUUCGGGGAGCCCUGGGCGGGGCGGCUGUGGGUAGGAGUUGGAUUCGGGGAGCCCUGGGCGGGAGCGGCUGUGGGGGAGGAGUUGGGUUCGGGGAGCCCUGGGCGGGCGGCUGUGGGUAGGAGUUGGGUUCGAGAACCCUGGGCGGGCGGCUGCGGAGGAGUUGGGUUCGGAGACUCCUGGGCGGGAAGCGGCUGUGGGGGAGGAGUUGGAUUCGGGAGCCCCUGGGCGGGGCGGCUGUGGGGAGGAGUUGGAUUCGGGGAGCCCUGGGCAGGGCAGGGCGGCUGCGGGGAGGAGUUGGAUUCCGGGAGCCCUGGGCGGGGCGGCUGCGGGGAGGAAGAUGAUGUGCAGGGGACCAGAGGCUCUGCACUGCUCCUAUGACAGCUCAUCUGUAAUCAGAAAAAAAUAAUAAUACAGAAUGCUGACUCCUCCCUGAGACAGAUUAGGAAACUUAGCACUUUAAUCCCUCCCUUCUGAGCGCUCGGUGUGCAUUAGACUAUAGCUGUUUCAUUGACGUGUCAUUUUGCAUCCAGUGUCCUUGAUGUGGGUUUUAGAGACUUAGCAGAAAAUUCGACACAAACAAGAACUUGAUUUUUUAAGGAAAAUCUUACAUUUUGAGGACAUUUUGACAAGUAGGGGAAGAGAGGGUUUCUGUUUUGUUUUGUUUUGUUAGCUAAACCUGAAGUAUUAAUUCCACAAAGACACUGUCCCUCGGGACCACUCAGGUACAGCUCUGCCAGGGACAGAGUCCUGCUAGUGGGAGGUCUCAGGUGGGGCGGUGUGUUCUGUGCCAUGAGGCAGGGACAGGUCCAGAUAGAUGUCGUCACCACCUUCCUCAGCUCUCAUCACCUGGUCACAGGCCAGGCCCACCUCUUCCCAGCAAGGGACGCCAAAGAACUGCAGUUUUGAUUCUGAGUCUUAAUGUAAACUUUUCAUCAUCUUUUCCUAUUUUUGAGAAAUUUUUGUAAUUAAAAGCAAUUAUUUUAAAAUGUGCAAGCCAGUAUCUCACAAGGCAUGGAUUUCUGCGGAAUUUAUUUUUAUUCAAAUAACUGUUUAUCUCCGGGCUGUGGAAUUGCCGCUUUCUUCGUGAAGACAGUGCCUCUCCUUGUAAUCUCACACAGGUACAUUGAGGAGGGGACGGCUCUGUCUUCACAUUGUGCGGAGAUCUUAGGAUGGGAUUAGCGAAGCUGUGGAGAGGGCACAUCUGGAUCUGCCCGUGUCUCAAAACAAACACAUGCACAGUGGCUCUUUUUCCUUCUCAAACACUUUACCCCAGAAGCAGGUGGUCUGCCCCAGGCGUAGAGAAGGAAAAUUGGCCAUCUUUCCCACCUCUAAAUUCUGUAAAAUUAUAGAGUCGCUCAAAAGAUUCCUUUUUAUCAGCCCCACACUGUGUAAGUGGAGAGGGCAUUGUGUUCCGUGUGUGUCCAGUUUACAGCGUCUCUGCCCCUUAGUGUGUUUUGUGACAAUCUCCCUGGGUGAGGAGUGGGUGCACCCAGCCUCAAGGCCAGUGGGUUGCUCGGGGCCUUCCAUGUGAGUUCUAGUGUUCAACUGAUGCCAGGGAAUAGAAUUAGAGAAACCUCUGACCCACCGGGUGCCAGGGACCGGUGGAGGUGGAUGGCAGGUCCAACUCGACCAUGACUUUUAGUUGUAAGGAUGUGUUGGCUUUUUCAGUCUCGUGUGAAAAUCCUCCUGUCUCUGGCAGCACCGUCUGCACUUUCUUGUUUACUGUCUGAAGGGACGAGUACCAAGCCUCAAGAACACUUCUUCUGGCCACAGCAUAAGCUAAUGGUGUGUAAGGAACCGAUGGGCCAUUAAACAUGAACUGAACGUUUAAAAGCACAGUCUAUGGAACGCUAAUGGAGUCAGCCCUUAAAGCUGUUUGCUUUUUCAGGCUUUGGGUUACAUGCUUUUAAUUUGAUUUUAGAAUCUGGACACUUUCUAUGAAUGUAAUUCGGCCAAGAAACGUGUUGCUAAGAUGCAAUCCUCAGUGUUCUCUGUAUGUAAAUCUGUGUAUACACCACACGUUACAACUGCAUGAGCUUCCUCUCGCACCGAGACCAGCCGGAACUGAGCAUGAGACGCUGUCAAAUACAGACAAAGGAUUUGAGAUGUUCUCAAUAAAAAGAAAAUGUUUCACUCC